AUGUCUUCUGGCCGGUCCCCCACACGGUCGACGCGGAUUGGACUACUUACGCAGACUUUGGUUACCAGUCCGGUCAUCAGCUGGAUCCUCCCGGCGCGUAUUCGCAACAGACACCACAACGAUGUUGUUUUCAUUGGAGAACGACGGAUUCAGGUCAAAGAGGCACUCGCUAGCGGCCACCUUGAAGAUGUUGUGGACAAAACAGAUAUCCAAGGCUCAAUCAUUGGGGCAAAGGUCAUCAAUAUCGGGUCCCUAUUGCCCUGGGAGCCUUUGGCUCCAUCGAGGUUGACGGUCUCUUCCCCUAUUACAGAGAAUCUACCUGCUCAGAUUCUCUUUCUUUCUACGAGCUCCGAUGAACUCCUUUUCAUGUACUGCUCGGACAAAGGAGAAGAUCCAUUUGUUUCUUACAGCCGACCUUUGCCCCGAGAUGUCGGUCUAGCCGAACGUUAUGGCGCGCACAUUGCAGUUGAUCCUAGGUCGCGUGCAGUCGCAGUCUGUGCAUCCCGUGGUUUCUUCGGUCUCUUGUGGCUGAAGUCGCAUGAUGAUAUUCGGAUGCAGAUGGCACAGGGAAAGCUAGAUCCACUGAAGUUCGAAAAAUUCUAUGAAGUGGAUGGUGACAUCCUGUUCAUGGAAUUCCUUUAUCCCAAAAAAUGGACCGAUACGCGGGUCAUCUUGCUCUUGAUUGUCCGUUCCAAUCAGGAAACACGGUGCAUGAUCUAUAACUGGGAAGGGGAAGAAGAGUCCCUUGGUGAACGCCCCAUUUGUACCAGCACAAGUCUGCCUCCAUCACUUCAGUUUCCCAACAUGGUCAUUCCUUUGGCCAAAGAAUCUGCUUACCUCAUUGUCGGCACAAAAGGUAUGACCUUGCACACACCCUCUGGCGAAUCGCCCCCGAUGAGGUAUCCGCCAAUCCUUCCCGAUGGCGGCGACUCUCUUCAAGCUGGGCUGUGGACUCGCUGGGCCAGACCUUCGCGGAACUGGAUGUACAUGCAGAGGUACGAUGGGAUUUUCCUUUGUCAAGAAAACGGCUGGAUCUAUUAUCUAGAGUUUGGCAACGACAAUGAACUCGAAACCCAGACCUCUCUGGGUCAACUCCCCUGCGCUGUUGACACAGCGUUUGACAUUCUGGAUAUGGGUCACGAAGGUGGGGACUACAUUAUUGCUGCCGGAAGCCAGGGCGAUGGUGGAUUGUUCGUCCAGGAGGCACGGGAUCACCCCAGAUGUGUCCAGCGAUUUGUCAAUUGGGCGCCCGUCCCUGAUGCAGUCAUUAUUCCCGCGAGUUCUCCAACCGUAGGCGACCGAACUCCAGCCGAUGCACAGGACCGUCUGUUUGUCUGCUCGCCUUCUGCUUCAGAGAAAGGGGCAAUUACCGAGCUACGACGUGGUGUUGAGGCCCUGGUUGGUGUCUCGGCCGAAAUGGGCGGAUUCGACAGCAUAUAUGAUAUGUGGGCUGUGACAUCCAGUUCUGACGAUUCAAUCCACCUGAUGGUCUCUGAUCCGCUUUCCUCCUACCUUUUGCACACAACUCUUGAUAUGAGAGAUGGCAUCAGUGCCCUCGAGGAUGGUACCGGCGUGGAGAACGAAGAAACAUUGGCGACGGGCUGUACACCUUCCGGUGUGAUCGUCCAGGUUACUGGACAUGGUGUGCAGCUGUUCACUCCUGGUGACCCCUCUCAUGCCAACUCUAUCAAAAAUGGCCCUCUUAAGACUGUCACGGCGGCUUUCGUUGAUGGUCUGAAUUCUACCGUCGUCAUGACUUCAAGAAGCCAAGGGCUGUACUAUCUCCAUAUUCAUCGCAUCGUCACGACGCCUAGUGGCCCCUCCCUGUCUGAGGAUGAAGCUUCACACCCGCUUCACGCAGAACCCAUUUGCAUCACCUAUCAUUGGUGUGAUCAGUUUGAGUUUAUUUUUAUCGGCACCGGUGAUGGCACAGUGCUAUCCUUUGAGCUCUCAAGUCACAUCGGAGGACUCAGGCAACACACCGACACGGCUGUUUCAGACCUGCAGUCAGCAAUCGAUUCAAGAGCAAUCGACAGCCUUGCUGUUAUCGAUGCUGUAUGGGAGGACAGGGUCCAGAAGUUCCUACUUUGUGGCCUGCGAUGUGGCGUACUUGUUUCAUUCAAGAUUGAUGGGCUUGUUGCCAACUUUGGCGACAUACCUGUCCUUUCUAUCGAUGAUCUGCAACAACAAAAACCGAGGGAUAUUGGGAUAACAUCAAUCAAAAUCAAAUCGUACGGAUCAUACGCUUUGUUUACAUGCGGUGAUAAGUUAUGGCAUGUAACUUACGAUCAUGAUAAUGUCUCUGAAUAUGUCCUAUCUCGUGUCUGGAUCACUGAUCAAAGUCGACCUACAUGGUUCCCAACCCAUAUCUCUGGCUUUGAUGCUGCUCUCGCAGUAGACUCGGAGGCUGAUGAAGCCACAGGUGUCUAUCUGUUUUGUUUUGCAGAUGGCCACCUUCUGAUAUGCUCUCUGGAUCUCCAAGCGAAGACUGUUCCAAGGCGUAUUGACAUUCCUGGAAACCCCACCAAAAUCACCUACUCAAGUCAUCUCCAGAGACUCAUUGUCUCAUAUACCGUCACUCAUCCAAGCCAGAGACUGUUUGAGUUUGCCCGAACAGCGCGUAUCGAGUUCGUGGACCCGGAUACAAAACAACCAGUCGCUCCUUACGAUCAAGCUAUGGUGGCUGACGGCCUUCAGCAAUGGAGACCAAACGGAUGUAGCGGGGAAAAGGUCACUUGUAUCAUUGACUGGAUGCCAAAGAAGAAUGGCCAUCGAUAUCAUUUUAUCGCAAUUGGGACUUCUAUCGCUCUUCCUCCACAGCCAAACAGGCACCACGGUCGGUUGAUGCUCAUACAGACAACCCGAAACCCCAACGAUGCCGAAGCCAUCUAUUGCCAGGACAAGCACAUACAACAUUUCGAUGACCCGAUCUACGCGAUGGUGCCGUUCAAUGACUGUGUGAUCGUUGCCGUUGGAAAGAGAUUUGUACCGGUCAGCCCAAGUGGCUCAGAUCUAAAAUGGUCUCGCACAAUCACCGCAAUGCUUCCCUCCCCAGCUGUCGCCAUGACAGUGCACGAUAACUUGAUCUACGUCACCACCUCAAAGGAGUCUUUGCAUAUCUAUCAGAUCGUCAGUCAUUCUCGUCUGGAUAUCGUCAUUGUCGACUCUCACCCGACUCCACUCCUUGGUUUGACUCACUGUCACGUUGACGCCUUUGAAGGCCACCCCGAGACACUUCUCGUAAGUAGUCGAGGCGGAACUACGCGAGCCUUUGCACAAAACAAUGAAUCACUCUAUGCCUCGGUUCCUUGUGCGACAGCCGAUCUCCCCGUCUCACUGGUGAAAAUCGCACGAAGUUCCAGACGUCUACCAUGGCUGGAAACGACAAACAUAUUUUACGGCUUUGGUAUCGAUGGGUCCGUCUAUCGCCUCUUGACCCUCUCAUUUUUUGAGUGGCGUCUCCUGAACAUCCUCCUGCGACUCUGUCGGAGGGACCCUGCCAUCUGCCCCGGGGCAGACAAAAGACGGCGUUUCGCUGACGCCAUCUAUGAGAAAACCAUGCAUGUCGAUGGUAACAUCCUGGCUCGCCUCGCUAGUCGCGAAUCGAGCCAUCUGAAUGAACUGCUCACGGCAUGCGGCAAUGGCCAACUCAAGCAACUGGACUCUGACCUUGUGCAAACGUUCAUUCAUGCCACUGAGGAAGCACUGGGCAUUGAUGAGAACCAUGUCCAGGUUGUUUCAGACUGGCUCCGGGAUGUUCUCGGCGUGUAG